CUUUAGGGUCCUGUUCGGUAUGAUGAGAAUGGAACUAUUGUCUACACUCGAAUCAGACUGUCGCAGUACCGAGAGGAAAAUGACCUGGUGUCAUUGAAAAGAUUUGGAUACUUGGACAGAGACUCAAACUUUGCUCUUGUAUACGAAACUGGAGAGAGUGACAAAACUCUGUAUCCAGAUGGUUUUCCGCCGGAUGGAACUCCUAUGAUUGUAGUUCAAGGUCCUCAUAAGGCACUUGUUGUAGUUUACUACACUCUGGCAGUCUGUGGAAUCAUAGGAUCCAUUAUGUUUCUGAUUUUCAAUUUUAUUUAUCGCAACACAAAAGUUAUUCGUCUGACAACGCCACAACUCAGUUACAUCAUCAUUAGUGGAGCCUUGCUGAUGUAUUUGUCUGUAUUUCUCGGUUUACUGCCAUCUACAAAGAAAGCUGUGAUACGAAUGCAAUGCAAUGUCCAUGUAUGGCUGUAUGGAGUUGGGUAUCUCCUUGUUUACGGAACACUACUGGCAAAGAUGUGGAGAGUCUACCAGAUCUUUCACAACCCAUAUCCAAACAAAACGAUUCUCAAGACGUGGCAUCUCAUGUGUGUGGUGUUCUCUGUGACUGGUGUUGGAGUGCUGCUCAUUCUCGCCAGAUCUGUGGCCCAGGCACUCACUGAUCCUGACUUGGUGACCAACAAGGAAAAUCUUGAAGGAGCAACAGGUUCAUAUAUUCAGAAAUUCAACAAAGUAUGGCAGUGUUAUGGCUCUGGAUCUGCUCCAUUUUAUCUCGACCUGGUGAUAUUUGUGUACCUUGGACUGCUGCAGGUGGUGGGCAUCAUCCUAGCCUUCCAGACCCGCAAAGUCAAAAUCCCUAUCCUGAAUGACUCAAAGUCGGUGACAGCUCUCAUAUACAUCUCCAGUAUUGUACUGGUGGUGAUAGUCCUUAUCUCCUUCAUCUUGAAUGAAUAUGUCAAUGUCAGAGCUGUCAUGUUCUACGGGGGAAUCAUAUUACUGGCUACAAUCUUCCUGGCACUGAUUUUCAUUCCAAAGGUGAUAAGCUUGCAUCGGGAUCCAACAGGCAAAGAGAUCUUCAGUGAUAUUGGUGAUCCUUCCAAACGUGCAGAGAAGUGUGAGAUAAAAGGCAAUCAUAACAACUUGGCUGUGGGCCUGGCCGAGCUAACGGACUCUGAGAUGGUCCCAAGUGGCUGAAGGACAAUUUGAAUGACAAGAACAGGAGGACAGCUGAGCUGGAGUCUGUCGUAACACCACUACCUAGAUUUGUAGAGCUAGCUAUAAACAAGCUGCUGUGUCAUUGUAAAUUGACUGCUGUAUGAUUAUGGUAGCUAACUUAGUGUAGUUUGUUACUUGUAAUGUUGCCCAAGAUAUGCUUUGCCAUAGAGCCACCUCUCCCCUAUAAAACCC